UUCUCAACCAAGAUCAACGGUUGUAAUUAGCCUAACACUUCUACAAAUACACCCCUAAAAACCCUUCUCCUCACUCACUCCACCUGUUCUUUCUCACUCUAAAAUCCCCUUCCUUCUACAGAUCUAAUCUCACUUUCUCUCUCUAAAAAUGGCCACUAUCAAGAGCGUGAAGGCGCGUCAGAUCUUCGACAGCCGUGGUAACCCUACCGUCGAGGUUGAUAUACAUCUAUCGAAUGGGCUCUGGGCUAGAGCCGCUGUUCCUAGUGGUGCAUCCACUGGUGUUUACGAGGCUCUUGAACUGAGGGACGGAGGAUCCGAGUACCUCGGAAAAGGUGUCUCAAAGGCUGUGGGCAAUGUCAACUCUAUCAUUGGACCUGCCCUCAUCGGAAAGGACCCAACCGAUCAGACCGGAAUUGACAACUUCAUGGUUCAACAACUCGAUGGAACUCAGAAUGAGUGGGGUUGGUGCAAACAGAAGCUCGGCGCAAACGCCAUUUUGGCUGUGUCCCUUGCCUUGUGCAAAGCUGGAGCUGCUGUCCUAGAUAUCCCUCUGUACAAGCACAUUGCCAACCUAGCUGGUAACAAGAAGCUGGUUCUCCCUGUUCCCGCUUUCAAUGUCAUCAAUGGUGGAUCGCACGCCGGAAACAAACUUGCCAUGCAGGAGUUCAUGAUUCUACCGGUCGGAGCUUCUUCAUUCAAGGAGGCUAUGAAGAUGGGUGUUGAAGUGUAUCACCAUUUGAAGGCUGUUAUUAAGAAGAAGUACGGACAAGACGCAACCAACGUCGGAGACGAGGGUGGCUUCGCUCCCAACAUUCAGGAGAACAAGGAAGGUCUCGAACUUCUCAAGACAGCUAUCGCCAAAGCUGGCUACACUGGAAAGGUUGUUAUCGGAAUGGAUGUUGCUGCGUCUGAAUUUUACGGGUCUGACAAGACUUACGAUUUGAACUUCAAGGAAGACAACAAUGACGGAUCAGCAAAGAUCUCGGGCGACAAACUGAAAGAUUUGUACAAGUCGUUUGUGUCUGAGUACCCUAUUGUCUCGAUUGAGGAUCCGUUUGACCAGGAUGACUGGGAGCACUAUGCAAAGAUGACUGCAGAAAUCGGCACCCCAGUCCAAAUUGUGGGAGAUGAUCUCCUUGUCACCAACCCCAAGAGAGUCGAGAAGGCAAUCAAGGAGAAGUCAUGCAAUGCUCUUCUUCUCAAGGUUAACCAAAUUGGAUCUGUGACUGAGAGUAUUGAAGCUGUAAGGAUGUCCAAGCAUGCUGGUUGGGGUGUAAUGGCCAGUCACCGCAGUGGAGAAACAGAGGACACUUUCAUUGCUGAUCUCUCUGUCGGUUUGGCUACGGGCCAAAUUAAGACUGGAGCUCCGUGCAGAUCAGAGCGUCUAGCAAAAUACAACCAGCUAUUGAGGAUUGAAGAGGAACUUGGUUCGGAAGCAGUUUAUGCAGGAGCCAACUUCCGCACACCGGUCGAGCCCUACUAAAUCCCUUGCAUUAGUGUGUUGUUAGAGAUUUGCUUUCGGGAUGCGGCUAAAUAAUGUCUUAUGUAGAAUGGGUCAUGUUUUCGCUUUUUGAGACCUGGUUUUUGUUUUUCCUUUUCAAAUAAUUUGCAGAAAUUUUGUUUUUGAAUCAUAAACUGAAAUCCCUUUUACUAGUUAGUGUUGGGGAAUGUCUCAAUUUGAUCUUAAUGAAUCCUGCAGCUUUUGUGUUUUUUUGCCAAUGUUGAAAUAGAACUUUCUUUCUAUCUUAA